CGUUGCCAGGACAGACGUGCAUGACAUGGACGUCGGAAAUUUCACCACACCCUCAUUUCUCGAAGACGACAGUGAGACAAAUGAUUCAGCGGCGGCUAUUGUUGACGAGCCGUCCCCCACUGCCCAGAUAGUGUUCGGGGUGGCAAUCCUUCUGGCUGGGGUCACAGGAAUCAUCGGGAACGGACUGGCUCUUCAAGCUUUGUAUGCGUGUAAAGCCUUGCGAAGUCCGAAGCACUACCUGGUGCUGAACCUGUACGUCACCAACGCCCUGCUGUGUGUGAUGUACUGUUCUACCACGGUCUGGGGAAGCUUCACACACACAUGGACGGUUGGGGAAAUCGGUCGCGACGUGAUGGGCUUCAGUGUCAGUGUGAUGACCAUCGUCAUGAUGACCACCCAAUUCGCCAUAGCCGUCCAGCGGGUCGCUGUGGCCUUCAACCCUCUCACCGCUGCCGUUAACAUCACGCGCGGCAAGAUGCUCCUCACCGCUGCCACCACAUGGAUCUACUCCGUUCUGCUCAUGUUGCCGCCUCUCCUUGGAUGGAACAGGUUCAUUAUAGACCGCACCGGCGUCAGCGUCAUGUUUGACUACCUAUCCUCCGACGACCUCUCCAGAGCAUACGUCAUUGCGCUGUUGAUUUUUGCAUUUGUGCUGCCGCUAAUUGGCAUAGUCUGUUGUUACAGCUACGUUCUUGUCGCUGUGAAGAGAUCUAGGCAGAGCGCGAAUGUGAAGAGUACAGAAAGGACUUGUAGAAGAGAUAGGAAGACUGCUGUGGUCGCACUGGGCCUCUCGGUCUUGUUCUGUUUAAGUUGGGCGCCAUAUGCCAUGGUGGUCCUCCUGAGUCUGUGUAAGAUCACGGUUCCUGUUAUGUAUGUCAUGAUAGCUAGCGCCAUAGCGAAGUGUGCAUCCACCAUUGACCCAAUGAUGUUUGCGUUGUCGCUACCCAAGGUCCGACAGUAUUACCGAGAAAAAAUGGGUAAACAUUUCAGUGGACUUCUUUGUAGAAAGUAGGCGAUGAACAUUUCAGUGUAAGGCAAUUUCGUGUUGAAUUCACGAUGUGAAGAACGACAGUAUCUUAUUGCGUGUAAAGUUUGUGCUUUUCUUGUGAAUGAUUUGUGACAAUAAAGUUUGCAAUCUAGAAGCAAUCUAUGAGUAAAAUGACUGACUGAGAGAG